CGUCCACCGAUGGUGUGUGCGGCUGCUCCAUGACGUCAACCACUCGCUCAUCGGUCGCAUUCGGGCAGUCGGACGGGUCCUUGUAGAUGUUGAGGUACCAGAAUCGCCCUUCACACAUCAAUGGAUACAUAUCUCCUCUCCUUGCCUUCAGGAACGCAGCGCCAUGAUCAAUCUCGAGUUUGACGUUGUAAUCGUCGAUAAGGUGAGCAAAAGGAAAGCAGGUUGAACUUGAGCUUGGGCACAUACAGCACGUUAUCCACCAUGACCUUCUUCUUGCCUUUGUUGAUCUCUCCACAGGUAAACUUGAUGCAGCCGACACCCAUUGCUGGUGCGGUUGAUCCAUUCGCCAUGAUGACGUUGAUGUCGUGGUCGAGUGGCUUGAUUUCGUCGAAGAGCUGCUCCUCAAAACAGCAUGAUCGCGCUGCUCCAGUGUCCAUCAUCAUUGCCGUAGGUGAGGUUGAACACACACCAUUCACGUGCACCACCUCAUCAGCCAGUUCUUCUAUCUCGACUGCUCCAAUCGUGGCAAAGUCCUCAUUUCCUUGUUGCUGUUGUUCUUCCUCUUCGUAGACGUCGAAUUGGUUGGCGUAUUGGCGAUUGGGACGUCGGUCGUUCCGUCUGUCGUUGGCUCGUGCUCGGGUGUUGUUCAUAAUGACGUCGCCAUCCUUAUCUCGUCGUUCUGUAGGGCGCCAUGUUUGCUGCUGCUGCCCUCCUCCCUGCUGCUGUCCGCCAGUGUGCCAGGUGCGCUGAGAGGAUUGGGCAUAAGUGGAUGAGGCCGGUCGCCAGUAGUCGCCGCUCUGUCUGUUGGUGUUGCGCGGCUGGUUCCUCCAUCCACUGCCAUUGUUCCUGUUGGUGUUGUUGUAUCUGCUGUCAGGUCGUCUGUCAGUCCAUCCCUUCCUCUCAUCAUCAUGCUGACUACGCUGGUCUUGACGGUCAUGUUGUCUUCCGGAUGGACGGCCCCUCUGCUGAUGUCGACGGUCUCGUUGCUCUCUUCGCAGCUGUUUCAUGCGGUCAUUCGCGUUGCGAAGAGCUUCUUCAAAUUGCGGCCACGACAGUGCUUCUCCACGAUACGCGCGGGAUGCUGACUCAUGCGCCAUGGUUGCCUUGAACAUGUCGAAUCUCUCAGGCAAUGCCGAUAGCAUGACGGCGAUCAUCGUCUCGUCUGGCACUGUUGAUCCGACUUCAUGAAGGCGGCUGACGAGAUAGCUGAAGUCGCCAAGGGCGUCGUCAAGAUCGUCCUUGAUCAUCUUCCAGCUGAAGAAUCGCUGCAAGAGCUCGUGCUUGCAUACGAUACGAUCAGGUAUGAACCGCUUCCGCAGUUCUAGAUACGCCCAUGCACCAUUCUCGCCGUGCUUCUGGUAUGCUUCUUGAAUCAGUCGCUUGGCCUUGUCUGCUGUCUGCAGGGCGAGGAAGCCGAACAGCCAUCGGAGGUUCUUGGCGUUGGAGCUCUCCUGCUCAAUCAGGAUUGGCUGUCCCUGCUGGUUCACCACGGGCUGAUUAUUGCCAUCCAUCUGUGGCACCGCUAUCUUCAUCGGCGGGACGUCCUCAUCCUUAGUAGGUAGAUAGACUUUCACAUCCAUCUCUCUUGCUGCCAAGUAGGCUCUGAGAGUAAAGUCCCAUUCACGCCACUUGAUGUCGUUCUCGCCACUCCUGCCGGUAAAGACGGGGAAGGUGGCCUUUGUCUCGAGAUUGAGUGUCAUCUCUGCUGUCUGCUUUGUUGAUGUUGUUGUUGUCU